UAUAAGUAAUACUUGUCUCAAAAUUAUUGAACAAUCACUUCCAACAUAUUGUGGGAAACAUUCACAACCUCAUGUUUGGCUCUUCAUUAAUCCAUCAUACACUAAGAGAUUUAGCCAAGAAAUAUGGACCAUUGAUGCACAUGAACAUUGGUGAAGUUCCAACCAUAGUAAUCUCAUCACCAGAAUUUGCCAAACAAGUGAUGAGAGUCCAUGAUGUUAAUUUUGCAUCAAGACCCUCAAUUCUUUUUUCGAAAAUCAUGUUAUAUGAUGGUGCUAGUCUUGCUUUUGCUCCAUAUGGUGAGCAUUGGAGACAGGUAAGAAAGAUUUUCAUGCAAGAGCUUUUGAAUACAACAAGAGUUCAGUCUUUCAACUACAUUAGAGAAGAGGAAAUGCUCAACUUUGUAGACUCGAUUUCAUCGAAUGUUGGCAAUGUUAUUAAUCUCAGUGAAAGGCUCAACACGUUGAUGUAUAACAUUAUUUCGCGUGCAGCUUGUGGUAGAACAAGGAUUCAUAACAAAGAGUUCUUGUCUUUGUUGACGGAAAUUGUUGAGGUAUCAUUAGGGUUUGAACUUUCUGACUUGUUUCCUUCUUUUAAGUUAUUUUAUCAGAUGAGUCGUUCUAAACCUAAACUCGAGAGGCUUCGAGAAAGGACGGCAAAAAUAUUUGAAGAGAUAAUCCAUGAGCACAAGAAGCAAAAACCAAAAGAGAGAAGUGAUGAAGACUUCGUUGAUGUUCUUCUUAAGUAUCAUCAUGACAAUGAUGACCUUGGAUUUUCUUUGACAAAUGAGAAUAUCUAUGCAAUAAUUUUUGAAAUAUUUGGUGCUGGGAUUGAGACAUCAGCAUCAUCUGUAGAAUGGGUUAUGUCAGAAUUGAUGAAGAAUCCGAAGAUAAUGAAAAAGGCACAAGAUGAGGUUAGAGAAGUCUUUCGAAGAAAAGGGUUGGGAAAUGAGAGAGCACUCGAUGAGAUGAAAUACUUAAAAUCAGUUAUCAAAGAAUCCAUGAGACUUCAUCCUAUUUUACCAUUGAUAGUGCCAAGACAAAAUCAAAAGAAGUGUGAGAUUAAUGGUUAUGAGAUACCUGCUAAAACAAACACUAUAAUUAAUGCAUGGGUAAUUGGAAGAGAUUCUAAUUAUUGGCCUGAACCUGAGAUUUUUAAACCGGAAAGGUUCUUAGAUGAUAGUAAUUGUAUCGACUCGAAAUUAGGUAACAACUUUGAAUAUCUUCCAUUUGGUGGUGGAAGAAGAAUAUGUGUUGGUAUGUCUUUUGGUCUCCUCAGUGUUGAGCUUUCUCUUGCAUUGUUGCUAUAUCACUUUGAUUGGAUGCUUCCCAAUGGAGUGAAAAAUGAAGAUUUGGACAUGACUGAGUCUUUUAGAGCAACCCUUCAGAGAAAAAUUUUUCUACAAGUUAUUCCUAUCAUUCAAGAACUGUCAACUAGCACUGCAAAUUAAGAGGAAUUAUGAACUAAUAAUGAGUUUCACGAAAGAGGCAGCUCUCUCUCACACUCUUGCUUCGAUGAAGAAGCAGAUGAUGGGUAGGAUCUCCACUCGUACAGCCAUGGCCAUGUGUUGCUCCUUGCUCUCUUCAGCAUUUCCUCUAUUCAUUCCUUUUACCUUCCUGGUGUUGCUCCUCGCGAUUUCCAAUCCUAAACCUAGGUUGGAUCUAUCUUUUUUUCUUUGAUCUGUUCUGCUUCAAUUCCGAUCUAUGUUAAGGUUUAAGGGUUUAAAGGGAUGCGGGUUUUCCUCUGCAGUUAGGGGGCAUCAUCACUGUUAAAUACCAACCAUCAGAUCGGAGAGGAGAGGAGAAGUUCACUGGAAAAAGCAUUAGUAAAUUUGAAAUCAUGUGAAGUGAGAGAAGGAAACUUAUUCCUUGGUCUAGGAUUUCGAAGGUGGGUGGGUUAAUUAUGCUGAUCUGUCUCUGAGUACAUUUGUAUUGCAUAGCUAUGGAGGUCAUUGAUAUGUGUGACUCUGCAGUUGGUUUGAGCCUACAGCUGAAUGGAUCUAUAAUCCCUUCAGAACGUCCGAAUCAUAUGAUGCUUGAGGUGUGGAACCCAUUGGGAAAUAAUCAGGGUGAUCAUUGGUUUCAAUUUCCCUUGUGCUGUUCUUGGUGCGUUAUUGUUAUCUGCUAGUUUGCCAUAUAAUAAAAAGUAGUAUCAUUAAAUCUUAAUCAUGCGGUUAUUCUUUAUUUGAGGUUUAGUAACUUCGGAAUUAGAGGGAAGGUGAAAUACAUGUGUAUAACUUGGUAAUAUUUUACAUACAUAGUGAACAACACUUUUGCUUCAGAAUUCACACCCUUGUAAUCAGUUUCUAGACUUAAUCUCAGUAUAGCAGUACAAACUUGCUGCCAUGAAACUUUUUCAUUGGUGUGAUUUAAUUAAACUUUUAUAUGGUGACGUACAUAUUAUUAGAUGUCCAAGUUGUAGGUGUAAGAUUUUAUCCAUUCCUUUUUGUAUUGCAAGUGAUUUUGUCAAUGCUCCAAAACUCAAUUGAAUCUAUUCUAUUAACAA